CUCGAACAGGGCGGGUUUGGGGCCGGAACACGCCCUCACGGAAAUGGGCUCUAACAGGGCGGGUUUGGGGCCGGAACACGCCCUCACCGAAUGCCCUCAAACAGAGCGGGUUUGAAUUCGGAACAUGCCCUCACAGAGAUGGGCUCCAACAGGGAGUAUUUGGAGUAGGAACACGCCCUCACGGAAAUGGGCUCGAACAGUGCGGGUUUGGAGUCCGAAGAUGCCCGAAGCUUCCGCACCGCCCUCACGGAAGGGGCUCAAACAGGGCGGGUUUGGAGUCCGAACAUGCCCGUGGACUCCGCGCCGCCCUCACGGAAAUGAGCUCGAACAGGGCGGGUUUAGGGUCGGAACACGCCCUCAGGGAAAUGGGCUCGAACAGGGCGGGUUUGGGGUCGGAGCAUGCCCUCAGGGAAAUGGGCUCGAACAGGGUUUGGGGUCGGAGCAUACCCUCAGGGAAAUGGGCUCGAACGGGGUUUGGGGUCGGAGCAUACCCUCAGGGAAAUGGGCUCGAACAGGGUUUGGGGUCGGAGCGUGCCCUCAGGGAAAUGGGCUCGAACAGGGAGGGUUUGGGGUCGGAGCAUGCCCUCAGGGAAAUGGGCUCGAACGGGGUUUGGGGUCGGAGCGUGCCCUCAGGGAAAUGGGCUCGAACGGGGUUUGGGGUCGGAGCAUGCCCUCAGGGAAAUGGGCUCGAACAGGGUUUGGGGUCGGAGCAUGCCCUCAGGGAAAUGGGCUCGAACGGGGUUUGGGGUCGGAGCGUGCCCUCAGGGAAAUGGGCUCGAACAGGGCGGGUUUGGGGUCGGAACAUUCCCGUGGCCUCCGCGCCGCCCUCACAGAAAUGGGCUCAAAGAGGUUCAAAGAGCUGUGAAAAAUUAGGUUCUUGCCUAAAUCCUUCAGUUCUGUAGUAGUUUCAAUGUGCCCAUUUUCAAAUUCUUUCCUGAAAAAUACCUUCAAGUGUAAGUUUAAUAAAAAUUUGCAAAAAGCUUC